AUGGAGCUCGGAUCUGUACACAACAACAACAACAACGCUCCUCCAACUGCUUUCACUACCACACAUACAGCGCCAGUAGCUGCUGGAGGGCCUCUCACCUCAGAAUCCUAUAAAGAGCUCGAUAUCGACUCUGAGCCCCUCUCCACAAAGCCCGUUCGACGCCCAACGGGUUGGAUGACAUCGUUGGCCAACAAGUUCAAGGGCCGCGGCGCCAUGGUCCCAAAAACUGGAAAUCGUAUCAUUCCCAUCUCCUCCUCUCGCUCCACGCCCUUGAUCCAGCCAGAGACGGGUAAACCAUUUGUCUCCAACGCCGUCACCACUGCUCGCUAUACCCUCUGGGAUUUCCUGCCCAAACAGCUCUAUGCGCAGUUCUCAAAGAUCGCCAACGUCUACUUCUUGUUCGUCGCCUCGCUCCAGAUGGUGCCCGGCUGGUCCACCACCGGCCAGUAUACAACGUUGGUGCCGUUGGUCCUCUUCCUGUCGAUUGCAAUUGCGCAUGAAGGAUAUGAUGAUCUUAGGAGACAUCGGCAGGAUUCCGGUGAGAACAACCAGCCUGCCAACGUCUUUCGGAGCUACCGGAAUGCGACCAAUUCGAUCUCGUCCCAUACUCAGCAGCCCUCCACAGCCUCUGCAUCCGCAUACCCUUUGCCCACAUCCGCUUCCUCUCGCCGUCCUUUCAACUCGUUCACUAGCGAGUCUCCAGCUUCGCCUGCAGAACUCUCCAUCACCAUCCCAUUGACCCCAGCAACAGUCACCCCAACGCCAAAUCUCGCCGUCUUUCAACAGAUAAAGUGGAAGGAUCUGGCGGUGGGAGACAUUAUCCGAGUGGAUCAGAAUGACUGGGUGCCCGCCGACCUUAUCCUGCUGCACUCGUCCGGCCCAGACGGAGGUUGUUAUGUUGAAACGGCGGCUCUCGACGGAGAAACGAAUCUGAAGCAGCGCCAGGCCUUGAAAGUGACCAACGAGAUGAUCCAAACUCCUGAAGAUAUUGCCACGUUCACAGGUUGCGCCCACACCGAACAGCCCAACCAGGAUCUGUACAACUUCGAAGGUUACUUGCAAGUCGGUCAGGGAAGAAACCAGCCCCGAUACCCCCUCAGCAUCAACCAGAUUCUGCUCCGUGGCACCAUCCUCCGUAACACCCCAUACAUCUACGGUCUCAUCGUCUUUUCGGGAGAAGACACCAAGAUUCGACAAAACGGCUCAAAGAAUGUGCGCACCAAGGCACCAAGCAUGCAACGCCUCAUCAACAAGGUCAUCAUCGUCAUCUUCAGCAUCGUCAUCUUUUUGUCCGCCCUCUGCACCGUUCUCAGCGCAGUCUGGACCACUCGUAAUUCCAAGCCCGGUCAUUUGGCAUGGUAUCUCACAGCCAAGAACGCGAUGAAGAGCGACACUGCUUCGAUUCUUUUUGGUUACAUUGUGCUCUUCAACACUAUGAUCCCUAUCUCGCUCUACGUCACCAUGGAGUUGGUCAAGCUGCUGCAGGCGUACUUUAUUCACCACGACAUCGAGAUGUACGACCCCGUCUCCAACACUCCAGCCGAAGCUAGAACAACAGUUAUCAACGAAGAACUGGGACAAGUCAGCUAUCUGUUCUCCGAUAAGACAGGAACCCUGACGGAGAACAUCAUGGUCUUUCGAAAGUUCUGUGUCGCUGGUCACUCGUUCAACCAUGACCUGGACCCGGAAUCGAUCAUAGCCGCCGCUAAAACCGCACAAGAGAACCAAGAAAUUGCUGUAUCUACAGGACAUGAUCACAGUGCCGAUGGAUCCGAGGACACUCAUCGCCGCCACAAAUACAGGAGCAAAGCGGGAAAGGUGGUCGGAAAACUCAAGCGGUCUUCUCGCCACGCCAGCCAGCGUUCAGCAUCAGGAUACCAGAGUUUGGGUGGCAAGGAUGCCCACGCAGACCGCGACCAAUCCCGCUCAGGACAAUACCCGGACAGCAUUCACGCCGGCAACAUGCCUUCCUAUGUCGAGACCAUCGUCCCAUGUACCCCAACCUCUCAGCUGGUUCCCUUUUUGCGCUCUGGAACACGACAUGUCAUGGCCGACAGGAUCCGUUUCUUUUUGCUAUCCAUGGCGCUCUGCCACGAUGCUGUACCCGAGCUGAUGGACGAAUCAGACCCUACGAGUUUCAAGUACCAGGCGGCCAGUCCUGACGAGAAUGCCUUGGUCGCCGGCGCCAUGGAGUUGGGUUACGUCUUUCUCGAACGCAGUCGAGGAGGCAUUCGCGUCCGAUCCAUGCCCACUUCCCCGGACGAGGUUCCCCAGGAGGAGUUUUACGAGAUUCUGAACAUUAUCGAGUUUUCCAGCAAACGCAAGCGCAUGUCUGUCAUCUACCGUAUGCCCGACGGCCAGAUCUGCCUCUUCACCAAGGGUGCUGACUCGAUUAUUCUGGAACGCGUGCGCGAUCCUCAGACUGGGCUGGCCGAUUUUCAGAAUCUGGAUACUCCCAUGCCCUUCACUCCCGACUCUGUCCAUGGAUACGAUGGUAUGGAUCCGCUCGCCAGCUUGGAGUACUCUAAAUCCGGAAAGUCACGGCACAACUUGAACCGAUCAUCGACUUCAGGCGCAGGAGUUGGCGGGGGCGGAGACAAUGCCGCUGGAAAGGCAAAGGGGCUCACUCAUGGACGCCAACAAUCUGGAACGUACAAAAAUUCCGGUGCUGAGGGUUAUGGUCGUUCAUCGAUCGAGGAGGAUGAUAUGGGCGCCUAUUUCUUUGGUCAAACUCCUGGUUGGACUCAGUCGGAGAUGUGGGAGUACCAGCAGACGAUGGAUCAUAUCCAGGAGUAUGCCACCACAGGACUGAGAACGCUGCUCUAUGGCCACCGAUUCCUGAGCAAGGAAGAGUACAGCCUUUGGUCCAAGAAGUAUGCGGAUGCGCAGAGCGCCCUGGACGGACGACAGGAGAAGCUGGAGCAGGUCGCCGAGCUAUUGGAACAGAACUUGGACAUGACAGGCGCCACCGCCAUUGAGGACAAGUUACAGGACGGUGUCCCUGAGACGAUUGACAAGCUCCGCCGUGCCGGUAUUCGACUCUGGAUGUUGACGGGAGACAAGCGCGAGACUGCCAUCAACAUUGGAUAUUCAUGCCGUCUUAUCAAGGACUACUCGAGCACCAUCAUUUUGGAUGUGCCCACUCAAGCACAGGCUCACAAGGCGAUGAACAAGGCGAUGAAGGAUGUGAUGAAGGGCAAGUCUCGGCAUGUGGUCGUCGUUAUCGAUGGAGCCACCUUGGGAAUCGUUGAGCAGUCGACCGAGCUGAUGGCAUUGUUUGUGGAGCUGGGUAUCCGUGCCGACUCAGUGAUCUGUUGUCGUGUCAGCCCUGCCCAGAAGGCCCUCGUUGUCAAGACUGUCCGCGCUCGAUGCAAGAACACCGUGACACUCGCUAUCGGAGACGGUGCCAACGACAUUGCCAUGAUUCAGGAGGCCAACGUCGGCAUUGGUAUCACUGGAAAGGAGGGUCUCCAAGCCGCAAGAUCGAGUGAUUACUCGAUUGCCCAGUUUCGCUUCCUUGAGCGACUUCUCUUUGUCCAUGGUCGCUGGUCCUAUGUCCGUGUGUCCAAAUUUGUCCUGGGAACUUUUUACAAGUGCGCCACCUUCUACCUGACACAGGGACUGUUCCAGAUCUUCACAGGAUUCUCUGGCACGUCCUUGUAUGAACAGUGGACGCUUUCGUUCUACAACACCUUGUUCUCGUCGUUGCCGGUCAUGGUCGUGGGUAUGUUUGAGCAGGAUCUGAAGGCGUCGACGCUCUUGCUCGUGCCUGAGCUCUACACGUUUGGACCUCGGAACAGCGGAUUCUCAUUGGUUACCUACGGGACAUGGAUGGCCGCCGCUGUUUACCAGGCGAUUGCAUCCCUGAUGGUCCCUCUCUGGAUCGCUGGUGCCAUUGGCAAGUUUGGUGUCGAGCCCGAUGACGAGUCCCUCUUCCCUAUGGGUCUCGGUGUUUACACUACGAUUGUCUUGGUCGUCACAUUCAAGAUUGCGUAUCUGGAGACGCACAACUGGUCGAUUGUCACCCAUAUCACGUCGUUCAUGACAAUCCUUGCCUGGUUCGGAUACAACACCGCCUACUCGUUCUUUUACCCUGUCCGAACUGGCGGAUACCAUGUCCGUGGUGCCUUCCAAUCAUUGGCUGCACACCUUCCCUUCUGGCUCACUAUUAUUGUGGCGUCGAUGAUUGCGAUCUUGCCCAACAUUAUGGCCAAGAUCAUCAAAGCCCAGUUGUAUCCCUCGGAUGUCGAUCUCUACCAGGAGCUGGAGAAGGAUCCCGAGGCAGUUCAGCGUUGGAAGGAAUGGGAGGUCGAGCUGGGCAACCAGGGAGCCGAGGCCGAGGGAGUGACAGGUUCCAAGAUCCAACGCCGUCUGUCGAUCGCUGCCAGUAUUGUAUCGAGGCAUUCGAGCCGUCGUGCUCCCAGUCUCUCCAGCCGCCGAGGACCCAGCAAAUCGCAGCAGGCCAUGGACGCCAACAGGAACGACUCCUUCAUGGCCGUAGGUCGCCAUUCGCAGGACGCCCGUAGAGAAUCGUUUGGUGAAGGUGCGGAUCAAGUUGGCGACCUUUGGGGACCUAGUUCGCAUCGUCGUGGAGCAAGCAGUGCCAGUCAGAUGACUCGAGACCGCCUCAGCCGCACCAGUUCUGGAAGUUCACGUGAUGCAAAGGACUCGGGACCUUGGUCGGCGACUCAGCUCCACUUUCCUCGACCACUUCCUGUUCCAGCGGACUCUGACUUCAGCAUCUCGUCUACUACGCCUCUGCAACUUGGCGUGAGGAGGUCUUCCUCUGCUGGCCAUGUCUAUGACCGCCGCAUGGUUUAA